AUGAGUUUUAGUAGCUUCUCAAGCCUUCAUCAAGAUCGAAUUCUUCAAAUAUCAAGCCGUCUUGCUGCAAUUCAAACUGGUCUUGAAACUGACAACGGCUCGCGUGCUGAUCAGCUUGAACAAAAAUGCAAAGAUCUCGAGCAUCAUCUUUGGGAAUCUGAAGAGCAAAAUUCGAAAAAAUUUUCCGCACACAAAGCUCAGCUAGAUUCCAUUUUAGAUUCCUUAUCUCGCUUAAAAGAAAGCAGAAAUACUUCCUCCCUCUGGAAGUGGUUUUUCCCUACUACAAGGCUUUUCCUGUCUCAGCACCGACCACAGAUGCUCUACAGAGGUCAAGGCAAAGUGGCUAGAGUAGAAUCAGUAAAGGCAGGAGGCGAGUAAGUUUCAAACAUACACAAUUUAAAAAGCUCAGACCUUUCUCGUGCCACCGGCAACAACAGGAGAGAGGAUGACGCUAAAAUCUGAAUAAUGGGGUCGUACAGCAAGUAUCGUGAGUAGCUGAGACAUCUUGGUAGCAUCCUAGAAUUAGUUUGAUCAUUCUGAUCAAAAUUUAAAUAUAUAAAGAAAGCAGAGAAACUUAUUUUGAUUCUAAAGUCAAUGAAUUAACUAAUCUUGAACUAGCCCUUAAACGCCUGCUCAGUGAAUCUGAUCAAGAAAAAAGAGACUCAGAUAUACACAUUUGUAAUAAUUGAAAAAUUUUAUUUCAAGACCGUAAUCAUUUACUAUUAAAACUAGGCAUGAAAUUUAUAAAUUUUAAAAUACUUUUAAUUCUCAUAUCUAUACAAAGUUUCAAAAAAUAUUUGAUGAUAGGAUAAAUUCAGUUCAAGCAGAUUUAGCAAGGGAAAGUCAAUUAAGAGGAGAUUCAUUAAAAAACAUAAAGAAUUUUCUUGAUGAAAAAAUUAGUGGAAUUGAAGAAAUGAUGAAAAAUGACAAAAUUGAGCUAGGGAAGACAGAGGGUGAAUUAAAUGAAAAAAUUAAUGAAAGUGUCGGUAAAAUGCAAGAAGUGAUGGAAAAUGAGAGUAAAGCAAGGGAGGAUACUGAAGAAGCUAUGCUUGUGAUGCUCCAAGACUUGAUUGCGAAAAUUAAAAACGAGAUUGAACAAGAAAGAAAUGAAAGGGAAAACUCUGAAGAUACUUUGUUAGGACUCCUUGAAGAGACAUGUGCAAAAUUAAAUUCUUUAACGAAUAUUUAA